AUGCCUUUUGAGAUGGAUCGUUCCUUUCCACAGAUACUCAAUCCAUCCUCCAGCAGCGUUGCCCCAAAUGGACCCAAGGCUAGCCUUGAAGCCGCUCGCCAACCCAUUGACCUCUCCGUUACAGAUUCAUCUCAGGCUCCAGACGCAGACUCGUCACGCAAGAGACCUGCAUCUCGGAUCAAGUCAUCUUAUCCAAGAAAACGAGCAAUUCAAGCCUGUCAGAAAUGUAGGGUGAGAAGGACGAAAUGCGACAAUCUUCGGCCCACCUGCUCAUCAUGUCUCGAUCUCGGGGUCGAAUGUAACUAUUCCGAGGGAGAUCCAUCUAGCUACGAUGCAGCCAGUCUUGCCAUCCUGGAGAAACUGAGCACCAUUGAGCAGCUGCUGAAGCCUGACGACCGCCCUCCUGCGCCUCCACCGCGGGCAGCGUCCACUCGUUCAAGUGACCUCGCCGAGUCUCCUGUCUCCCACGUCAAGUCACUCAGCUCACCUAGCCUGGAACGCACCAAGGAAGCAGCUCCUUAUCACAUGAGUAUAGAACGAAUGCUUGCCUGGCCAGUAUUCCAAGACCUGGACCCGUGUCUGGAUCUGAGAUGUCUGCUUAAUGCCAGCAACGACAGCCAGUCCCAAGCGACUUUGGCAGCGACCAUGGCAGCGACCAAGUUUGAUCCAAAUUGGGACGAUGAGCUGGUCAAGAAUUUCAUGGAUCAAGUUUACAUCUUUAAUCCAAUAGUCGAGGAAGCCAAGAUCCAAAAGUAUGUCAGGGAUGCUCGUUUCAAUGGCAUCGGCAACGAUGGCCCUGCUUGUCUGCUACUUCUGAUACUCGCGCUUGGUGCCUUAUCUGGAUCCUCCCCGCCUCGCCCGCCAGCAGAUGCUUCAGAAAGCCGUCAGCAGCCUUACUUCAAGCGUGCGGAAUCUUACUACGCUGCUGCGCAGCAGCGCAUGGGCAUGCUGCUUAGCCAGUCCGGUAUCGUGGAGGCGCAGUGCUUCUUCUACGCUGGCGUCUAUCUCAUGUCCACCAUCAGACCACUGGAGGGCUGGAAAAUGUUUGUGCAAGCCCUCGCCUCCUGUCAAGCAUUCUACGGCGGCAUCGAGAUGACUAGCAGAGAUAAUGAUCGUGACAAGCGACUGCGGGAGUCGAUUUACUGGACCUGCUUCAAGUCCGAACUGGAGGCUCGUCUCGAACUCAACGUCACGGAUGCCUCAGUCUGGGAUUUGCGAUACCCAGCGUUCUUUCCCUCGCCACCAAACGAAUUGAGGUCUAGAUCGCAGACAGAAAUCGUCUGGUACUACUUCUUGGCCGAAAUCGCCCUGCGUCGUCUUGCAAAUCGCAUUCUCAACUACAUCUACUCCACCAAGCCAUUCGAGUCUGGCUCGGCUCGUGCAAUCGACAUGGCGGAGCAAAUUCCAGCUUUUGAGCAGCAAGCUGCUGAUUGGGUACGCUCGCUGCCACCCUCGUUGUCACUAGACAAAGUUGGACAACGCUCACCUGGCGAGUCAGAUCUGCAUCAGACUCUCAGAUUCAUCCUCGAGGGUGAACUUUUGGACUGUUACGAAAUGAUGUAUUGGCCUUUCAUUGCCAGCGCUAUCAAUGCCAGUCCGGAAGCAAAUCAUGCGAUAAACAAAGAGUUCACGCGUAAAGCACUCGAUGUGGCUGUGCAAAGGAUCGAAAAGAAUGAGCCUGGCUUCUACUAUCGGCAUCACGGCACAUGGGCGAUGCUACGGUCGUGUACGCGGAGUGGCCUCGUCCUUCUGGCUGCCAGCAGGUCUUCAACUGUAAGGCAUUUACUGCCGACAAGCUGGCGUCACGCCGUGAGCAAAAUCGUUGAUAUGCUUCGCUUUUGGAGGUGGGAGUCAGAAGAUGUGGCAGACCGGUUAAUACUGAUCGAAACUAUGCUGCAGGGAACCUGA